CAAGCCUAGAUAUCCUCUAUCAUAGACUGCAGACAAUAAUAUUAUCCCGGGGGAUCUUCAAACACAUACCAACAUGGCCAACCCAAGUAUAACCCUCUACUUCGACACCGUCAGUCCGUUCGGCUACAUCGCCUUCCACGUUCUCCGCACUUCCCCCAUUUUCUCAACCUGCAAAAUAACCUACGUCCCCAUCUUCCUAGGCGGUCUAAUGCACGCCUGCGGCAACACCCCGCCCGUUGAAAUCAAAAACAAAGACAAAUGGAUCGCCACGGAACGCAACAGAUGGGCAAAAUACUUCUCAGUGCCAAUCGUAGCCGAGACACCCCCAAACUUCCCACCACGCACACUGCACACGCAGCGCGCGCUGUGCGCCGUGGCACAGCUGGCGCCCGAGCAGCUGCUGAGCGUGCAGGAGGCGCUGUUCCGCACCUUCUGGGUGGAGGGAGACGGGCGAAUCGGCGAGCCGGCGUGUUUCGUGCCCGUGUUGGAGGCGGUAUUGGGGAAGGAGGUGGCCGCGAGGGUCGUUGAGAUUAUGGGAACACCCGAGAUCAAAGCGCAGCUUGCGGCCAAUACGGACCGCGCGUUCAAGGCCGGGGCGUUCGGGGUGCCGUGGCUGGAAUGCACGAACGCGCAGGGCAAGACGGAGGGGUUCUUCGGGGUGGACCAUUUGGGCCAGGUCGUGGAUUUUCUGGGGUUGGAGCGCGGGUUGGAUCGCGGGUUGAUGAGGGCUUUGUUGUGAGUCUCGGUUUUUAGUAUCCGUGAAAUUAUAUAAAUGC